AUGGACCUCUCCUCGCUCGAAGGCCCUCCCAUCCUCGGCCACUCCCCGGCCAGAGACCCUCCAUCGAUGCGUCUCGAUGCCCUCCCCUCCUUAGGACUUCCUCCACGGCCCGCCUCCGCAGACGCCGUCUCACGCAUCUACUCCCUGCAAUCGGAACCGCAAUCCCAGCCCCAAUCGCAGACCUCCUCCUCGCACAGCUACUCACGCUCUCAAUCCUAUCUCGUCCCUUACCCGCAAGUCCCCUUCUACCCCACCUCCAACCCGGACAGCAACCUCUCGCCACACUACCGCCGCGCCCGCACCCCCAGCCCAACUCCCAUGUCCUGGGCCUCCUCCUCGCCUGGUUCUACUUCUUCCAGCCCCAACAAUACCAGAGCACGAAGGGAUGCGUCCCCUCAACGGCUUGUCUGGCUCGACUCUGAGAAAAGCUGGGUCAUUGUCUCCGGGUCUCAGAUUUCGGUGUACACGCCUGCUUCUCAUGGUUGUAACUGUGGUGGAGGUAGCAUGGGCGCGAACAUGUCUGCAUCAAGCACGAAUGCCAUGCAUCCACACUCCCACUCACAUGGACAUCCUCACCAACCAAACACAAUGAGACUACCCACCAUGAACAUCAACCCAGCCGCGGACCUCUACCCACCUCCAAUGGUGGACGCACCGCCGGCGUACGAGGACCACGUCUUCGACAAGCCGCUAGUGCAGGUUCACAGGCCCGGAAGUGGAAGUCGACGCAGACGGGGCGAGUCCGUUGCUGACUCGGCUUCUGGAUCCGGUUCCGGGUCUGAGGGUGAGCAGUCGCGAGGUCGCCCGGGUGGUGGGUCAAGGUGGACGGCGGUGGCGAGACGGUUGAGGGCUUCGCCGGUUAGAUGA